AGCGCGGUGCUCGGUACUCCUGCCAGGCCGAGGUUGGGGCUCGCGAUCAAAAUGGCGGCGGCCGAAGAGGGACUAAGAUUGGAAAGGAGCGGGUGGUGCUGAGCCGGCGGUAUGGCGGCGGCGAGUGGCUGCCGGAGAAAUAGAGGAACAGAAUGCUGGACCUGGGAUUGAAGAUUUAUAAAGGAUUAUGGGAUUAUACAUUGAAGAGCCAGCAGGCGGAAUGCCUGAGUGACUGAAGAAAAUGGGUGCUAAUGCAUCUAACUACCCUCACUCGUGUUCCCCGAGGGUAGGGGGAAAUUCACAGGCACAACAGACAUUCAUAGGGACAUCAUCCUACUCUCAUCAAGGUUAUGGCUGUGAAUCAAAGCUCUAUAGCCUUGACCAUGGCCAUGAGAAACCUCAAGACAAGAAAAAGAAAACCUCUGGCCUUGCCACCCUCAAGAAGAAAUUCAUUAAGCGUCGGAAGUCUAGCCGGUCUGCUGACCAUGCUAAGCAGAUGCGCGAGCUCCUCUCAGGCUGGGAUGUCAGAGAUGUUAAUGCAUUAGUAGAAGAAUAUGAGGGGACGUCAGCCUUAAAGGAACUUUAUCUACAAGCUAAUUUGGCAAGACCAGAAGCCAGAACGCUACAAAAAGACAUGGCUGAACUUUAUCAGUACAAAUAUUGCACUGAUGUAGACUUAAUAUUUCAAGAAACUUGUUUUCCUGUGCAUCGUGCGAUACUGGCAGCAAGAUGUCCAUUUUUUAAAACGCUGCUUUCUUCCUCACCAGAGUAUGGGGCAGAAAUAAUAAUGGAUAUUAACACAGCUGGCAUAGAUAUGCCCAUGUUUUCUGCUUUGUUACACUACCUUUAUACAGGCGAGUUUGGAAUGGAGGAUUCAAGAUUCCAAAACGUUGAUAUCCUUGUGCAGCUUAGUGAAGAAUUUGGAACACCAAAUUCAUUAGAUGUUGACAUGCGUGCGCUCUUUGAUUACAUGUGCUACUACGAUGUGGUUCUUAGCUUUUCAUCCAAUUCUGACAUAGUUGAAACUUUUGGUGGAAGUCACAACUGUCUAGAUGAAGAGCUCAGAGCUCACAAAGCUGUUAUUUCAUCACGAUCUCCGUUUUUUCGUCACCUGCUGCAGAGGAGGAUACGAACUGGUGAAGAAAUCACAGACCGAACUCUACGAACUCCAACUAGAAUUGUAUUGGAUGAAUCUAUCAUACCAAAAAAAUAUGCUAAGGUGAUUUUGAACUGUAUGUAUACAGAUGUGGUGGACCUCUCAGUUUUGCACUCCAGUCCUUCAGUGGGCAGUUUAAGUGAAGUUCAAGCUCUUGUAGCAGGAAAAUUAAACAUGACUAGGGCUGAAGAAGCUAUGGAGCUUUAUCACAUAGCACUGUUCUUGGAGUUUAACAUGCUUGCACAAGGCUGUGAAGAUAUUAUUGCAGAGAGCAUCUCACUAGACACCUUAAUUGCCAUUCUGAAGUGGAGCUCUCAGCCGUACGGUUCCAAGUGGGUACAUCGCCAAGCGCUACAUUUCCUCUGUGAGGAGUUUACCCAGGUCAUGACUUCAGAUGUCUUCUAUGAACUCAGCAAGGACCACCUGCUCACAGCUAUCCAGUCUGACUAUUUACAGGCAAGUGAACAAGAUAUUCUUAAAUAUCUGAUUAAAUGGGGAGAGCACCAGCUGAUGAAGAGAAUAGCAGAUCGAGAACCAAAUUUACUCAGUGGUACUGCUCACAGUGUGAACAAAAGAGGUGUGAAGAGGCGAGAUCUUGACAUUGAGGAGCUGAGAGAGAUCCUGUCUCCGCUUUUACCGUUUGUCCGCAUUGAGCACAUCUUACCCAUGAAUAGUGAAGUACUGAGUGAUGCAAUGAAGAGAGGCCUGAUUAGUACUCCUCCUUCAGACAUGCUACCAACAUCAGAAGGUGGAAAAUCAAAUGCCUGGCUGCGGCAAAAAAAUGCUGGAAUAUAUGUGCGGCCAAGACUGUUCUCACCAUAUGUGGAGGAGGCAAAGAUCUUGAUGAAAUUCCACCGGAAACAAAGCAGCGUUCUGAGGGAAACCUCCCUGGUUUCCAGCCAGUUUGCCGGCCCAGCUCCUCGGCAGCCCUCCUGGCAGGCGGAUGGCAAGUCGGUUCUGGAUGAGAUGAUGGUGGAACAAACAGAUCUUGUUCGUUUGCGGAUGGUCCGAAUGUCCAACGUGCCCGACACCCUUUACAUGGUGAACAACGCAGUGCCGCAGUGCUGUCAUAUGAUUACCCACCAGCAAGUUAGCACUAACCAGUCCAGUCCUCCUUCAGUGAUAGCUAACGAGAUCCCAGUUCCCAGUCUUCUCACUGUGAAGGAGAUGAUCAGACGGCUGCAGGAGCUGCGCCACACAGAGCAGGUGCAGCGGGCAUAUGCUCUGAACUGCGGCGAAGGCGCCACAGUCAGCUACGAGAUUCAGAUCCGUGUGCUGCGGGAGUUUGGGCUCUCUGAUGCUGCUGCUGAGCUUCUGCAGAAUCCUCACAAAUUCUUUCCUGAUGAGCGAUUUGGGGACGAAAGCCCGCUCCUGACGAUGAGACAGUCUGGACGGUGCCGUGUUAACAGCACUCCUACUGCAGAAACCAUGUUUACAGAACUGGACUCUUUUGUGGCCUUCCAUCCACCAUUGCCCCCUCCUCCACCUCCAUACCACCCACCAGCAACUCCUAUUCAUAAUCAGUUCAAAGUGGGCUGGAAACAAAGGGUGCCAAGUCAACAUCCCUCCCGUUCCUUUUCCUACCCGUGUAACCACUCGCUGUUCCACUCCCGAGCUGCCCCCAAGGCUCUGCUGCCCGUCUACUUGCCCAGUGUGAAAGCAGCGCCUCCGGAUUGCACAAACACUACAGGUCUGGGGAGGCAGACGGUGGCUGCAGCCGCGGCAGUGAUGGCAGCUGAGAAGCAAGUAUGUACUCAGCCCUUGCUAAAUGAACUGAUGCCAGAUAUUGCAAUGGGUGUGUCAGCAAUGUCUCUAAAAGACAGAAGAUUACCAGAGCUCACAGUUGACACGGAGAUAAGCCAGACGGUUACAGAGGUGGGGCCCGGUCCACCCCAGCACAUUUCAUGUAUUCAGAACAGACACAUGCCCACCGCUCGGAAGAAACAUGCAAUAGAGCAAAAAGUAGAUGCCCGAGAAAAUCAGCAGGAAUAUCCUGACUUCUAUGACUUCUCUAAUGCUGCAUGCAGACCAUCUACUCCAGCACCCAACAGGCACAGUCCUUCGCCUUCACAAGGCAUAUAUUUUGGCCCAGAUUUGUACAGCCACAAUAAGGCAUCACCAAGUGGCUUAAAAUCAGCCCACCUACCCUCCCAGAUAUCUCCUAAAAAGCAAGAGGAUUCUCGGAGGGAAUACGUGGUCUCCCAAGAUGGGCAUCAGCAGAGACAAAAGAAUGAGCCAAUACACCUCGAUGUCUUAGAGCAGCCUCCCCAGCGACUGGACUUGGCGUUGGCUACCCAGGAAAGUGCUGGUAACGGCCCAGUUCACAUCAGGGGAAGAACAAAGAUGGAAACCGACCUAACCUAUGGGCUAACCUCCAGCAGACCUCCGCUCUCCACAUAUGCCUCCGAAGGGCAAGAAGAGAGACACAGCAGGAGACUGGCAGACGAUGAGCCAUUGGAACAUGGAGCACAGAGGAACACAGAUCUGGAGAGGGAAGAUGCAGUAAGCCGAGGAAGGAGGUCUCCAAGCAAACCAGACUUCCUGUAUAAAAAGUCUGCCCUAUGAAAGCAACCUCCAUUAUUUCUCUGUGCCUAAGAGUUGUAAACAUCCCAUUCUUUGCAACUUCUGGCCUGACUUCUGUCAGACAAGUUCAUUCACGCCAGCAGAUAAAUUCAGCUUCACUCACUUCUUUUGUACAUACCGUUGAUUUAUUAGAGACGGCAUGUUAUCGGUAUGGGUUUAAUGCUGCUUCUGGUUUCAUUUUGUGGGAAUCUCUUUUUUUUGAGCAAAUUUAAGCCUUUUAGGGAAGAAAAAAAAAAGAGCUGGUACCUUUUUUGUACAACCUGGUAGCCUUUUGCACCUGUACAUCUAUUUUAGUGUAUUGGUUUUGUACUAAUAUGUUAAACUUUAUUGUCACAUUUAAAGGACUGUAUUUUCAUACUUUUACAUUUUCCUUCUCACCUGCCAAUUCCCAAUGUGCAUUGGGUUGCACAUGAUAAAAUGUAUUUUCUUAUGAGAUAGUAACAACGUGUUUAUUUUUUAAUUAUAGGAAUUCCAAAGAACAGCACAUCAGAAUACUCCGUUUUCAGUUAGAAUUCAUUUGUUUGUUUAGAUCUGAAAUCUUCUUGAUUUUUACCACUACGGCAAGAACCUAGUCUAAGGUUUUGUUUGAAAAGUUCUGAGUCUUACCCUUAUUCCCCUUACCCUUAUACAGCAAGCCCAUUUCAAGAGUUACUUUUGGGUUUUUAAGAGUCUAGGGAUUAUUUAGAAGUCCAAAUUCCAGUGAAAUUAACUGGGUUCUGACAGCCUGAUUCCAUUUGAUUUCUGGUUCAGUUGUGACCAUGGGGAACUCCAUGAUCACCCAGAAGCACUUAUUAGACCUGAAUUGUUCAUUUGCCCAUGCAGAAAUGAAUCCAGAAGUACUGUAAAAAGUGAUAGUAAUAACUUGUUCUUCCAGCUACUCAUACGUGGGGGUAAGUGAAGACCGGAGCAGAGGAUUCAUGCUAACUCAAGUGUCAGGAAGAUGAGGCACAGCGCCUUUGCUGUUGCCUAAGCAGUGACCCUCCAAGUGAGAGGGUUCCCUUUCCCACAGAGGUACCAAGGUAGCUGCUUGUUGCCUUGCUUCCUCCUGCCUGUGAUUAACAAAGGGCUUCACUCUUAGCGAUGUGGUUCAGUGUUCUUACCUGAUCUGAAGUGUUGCUGACUUCUUAAUUAUAGCUGUUCUGUGAACAAAAUCAAAGUGAAGAGCAAGUGCUCUAGCAUAAUGAAACAUGCAAAGCUUUAGCGCUCUUAAAUUACACUCCCAUUUCCUGACUUUGAUUUUUUGAAGCACAGAAAUGAGGUUCAUCUC